UGUCAGGCUCUCGGUGGCGGCGGAGGCGGCGGAGGCCAGGGAGGAAGAUGUCGUAAUGAGCGAUCCACAGAUGAGCAUGGCCGCCACUGCUGCUGUCAGUCCCAGUGACUACCUGCAGCCUGCUGCCGCUACGACCCAGGAUUCCCAGCCAUCUCCCUUGGCCCUGCUUGCUGCGACAUGUAGCAAAAUUGGCCCCCCAGCUGUUGAAGCUGCAGUGACACCGCCUGCUCCCCCCCAGCCUACCCCAAGGAAACUGGUCCCUAUUAAACCUGCCCCUCUCCCUCUCAGUCCUUGCAAGAAUAGCUUUAGCAUCUUGUCAUCGAAAGGAAAUAUACUUCAGAUCCAGGGCUCCCAGCUGAGUGCCUCCUAUCCUGGAGGGCAGUUUGUGUUUGCAAUCCAGAACCCCACCCUCAUCAACAAAGGGAGCCGGUCAAAUGCAAGUAUCCAGUACCAAGUCCCUCAGAUUCAAGGGAGCAGUUCCCAGACCAUCCAGGUGCAGCCCAGUCUCACCAACCAGAUCCAGAUCAUCCCAGGCACCAACCAAGCCAUCAUCACCCCGUCAACAUCCGGCCAUAAGCCUGUCCCUAUCAAGCCAGCUCCUGUCCAGAAGUCAAAUACGACUCCCACCCCUGUGCAGAGUGGGGCUGGUGUGGUGAAGCUGACAGGUGGAAGUGGCAACAUGACGCUCACCCUGCCACUCAACAACCUGGUGAACACCAGCGAUAUUGGGGCCCCUGCUCAGCUCCUCACUGAGAGCCCCCCCACCCCAAUGUCUAAGACUAACAAAAAAGCCAGGAAGAAGAGCCUUCCUGUGUCACAGCCAUCGGUAGCUGUGGCUGAGCAGGUGGAGACGGUGCUGAUAGAGACCACGGCAGACAACAUCAUCCAGGCAGGAAACAACCUGCUGAUUGUCCAGAGCCCCGGUGGGGGCCAGCCAGCUGUGGUCCAGCAAGUCCAGGUGGUGCCACCCAAGGCUGAGCAGCAACAGGUGGUCCAGAUCCCCCAGCAGGCAUUGCGGGUGGUGCAAGCUGCCUCUGCCACCCUCCCAACCGUUCCCCAGAAGCCCUCCCAGAACUUUCAGAUCCAGACAACUGAACCAACACCAACCCAGGUUUACAUCCGUACACCUUCUGGUGAGGUACAGACAGUCCUUGUCCAGGACAGCCCCCCAGCAACAGCGGCAACCACAUCAACCGUCACCUGUAACAGCCCUGCAAUCCGAGCUCCCCAUCUGAGUGGCACCAGCAAAAAACAUUCAGCUGCAAUUCUCCGAAAAGAGCGACCCCUGCCAAAGAUUGCACCCGCUGGGAGCGUCAUCAGCCUGAGCACUGCACAGCUGGCAGCAGCUGCUCAGGCCAUGCAGACCAUCAACAUCAACGGUGUCCAAGUCCAGGGUGUGCCUGUCACCAUCACCAACACUGGCGGGCAGCAACAGCUGACAGUGCAGAACGUUUCUGGAAACAACCUGACCAUCAGUGGGCUCAGCCCCACCCAGAUCCAGCUGCAGAUGGAGCAGGCCCUAGCAGGAGAGGCCCAGCCUGGGGAGAAACGGCGGCGCAUGGCUUGCACAUGUCCCAACUGCAAGGAUGGGGAAAAGAGGUCUGGGGAGCAGGGCAAGAAGAAGCAUGUGUGCCACAUCCCAGACUGUGGAAAGACUUUCCGGAAGACAUCCUUGCUCCGGGCCCAUGUCCGCCUGCACACUGGUGAGAGACCCUUUGUCUGCAACUGGUUCUUCUGUGGAAAGAGGUUCACACGGAGCGAUGAACUCCAGCGACAUGCUCGAACCCACACAGGGGACAAGCGCUUUGAGUGUGCUCAGUGUCAGAAGCGCUUCAUGAGGAGUGACCACCUCACCAAGCAUUACAAGACCCACCUAGGCACGAAGGGCUUGUAAGGCUAACUGAGACAAGAGGCCCUGAAGAUGGAACACGCCCCCCAUCUGAUUGGCCGGCCCUGAGUCCAUGAUGGACAGGUGCCCACAAUUGCCCUGGGCAGCCCUCACCCCACUCCUGUUCUGUGGCUGUGUCCCCACAGGGAGGGACUCUAUUCCUGUGUUCUCCUUCUAAAGGCUCUGCCCUUCUCACCAUGAGCUCCUGGCCUGCCCAGGCUAUGGACACUGGCCAUGCCCAAUGAGACGUUCUAAACCAGGACGCGUGGGGACCCUUAUUUCCAAAGGAAAAAACAUACAUUUCACUCCGUCGAGGAGCAAAGUGAGCCCCCCAUCCCUACCCCACCCCCUCCUCAACACUGCCAGAGUCCCAUUGUGCCAUGCCCCCUUUUCCCCCACUGUGCCUCCUUGUCCCCAUCAAUUAACUCCUCCUGGGCCGCUAGGGACACCCUGGGGCCCUGUACCCAGCCUCCCACUGACACCCACCUCUGGGGAGGUGGGAGGCUGCCUCCACUCCACUGCCCAGCCCUGCGUGGCUCUCCUCCAGACAUUCCAACUUCCUAUGAAAGGUCAGACGCCGAGGACUCCCCCUCCCUCUUUUCUACGGAGAACGUUGCCUUAUACUCAACUUCAGAUGAUGAACACUGUGGACGUGCGUGCUUUAAAGACAUUUAUUUAAUUGCUCCCUUCCCUUCUUUGCUAGUCGCCUCCCCUCACCUGCGUUCAGUUUAGGGGUUUGGGGGCAAUGCUGCGCAUAGGAGGGUCUUUUUUUUUUUUUUUUUUUUUUUUUGUAUUUUUUGGUUUUUUCUCACUUUAACAGUUCUUUUCUAAAUGACACAUUUCAACUCAAAUCUGGACUCACAUGAAAACACCUUCCAUCCUGACCCCUUCACGCCGUCAGCACCCUACCUGCCCAAGCUCCAUUGUGUACAGUGUAUAUUGUAUAAUAGACAAGUGUGUCUAUGACAUGUUUUAAAAAACAUAUUGCUUGUUAUUUUUGAGGCUUUUAAAUUAAACAGAAAUCCAACUUUAUUUUUUGUUGUAACUGCUUGAGGAUGUUUUAUUAAUUAAGUGAAGAUUUGUUAUCCUUUAUUAACAAUGUAUUUUGUUGGUCAGUACUGGGCUGACAAAAAAGUUUCUUGCUAAUAAAUUUAGUUGCCCGAGGCAAAGUCUG